UGACUAUUUGGUUUCUGAAUUUAAGAAAUCUAAAAGCAUUGACUUGUCCAAGGACAUGUUGGCCUUGCAAAGGCUAUGUGAGGCUACAGAGAAAGCUAAGGUAGAGCUUUCUUCUUCUUCUCAGAUGGACAUUAAUCUACCAUUUAUCACAGUAUAUGCAUCUGGGGCCAAACAUUUAAAUAUUACUUUAACUCGAUCAAAGUUUGAGAAUCGGGUUAAUUACCUCAUUGAGCGAACCAAAGAACCUUGCAAGAGUUUCCUGAAAGAUGCAUGCAUCUCAAUAAAACAAGUGGACAAAGUGCUUCUCAUAGGAGGAAUGGCAAGAGUUCCAAAGGUUCAAGAAAUUGUUUCCGAGAUCUUUGGCAAACAACCAAGCAAAGGUGAUAACCCAGAUGAAGCUGUUGCUAUGGGAGCUGCUAUUCAAGGUGGUAUUCUCCAUGGUGAUGUUAAGGAACUAUUACUCUUGGAUGUCACACCUCUAUACCUAGGAAUCGAAACUCUUGGUGGAGUUUUUACAAGGCUCAUUAACAGAAACACAACAAUUCCAACCAAGAAAAUAGGUUUUUCAACCGUUGUAGAUGGUCAGACUCAGGUAGGAGUCAGAGUAUUGCAAGGUGAGCGUGAAAUGGCUUCCGACAAUAAACUUUUAGGGGAUUUUGAGCUAGUUGGUAUUCCUCCAGCCCCCAGGGGUGUGCCCCAAAUUGAAGUCACUUUUGACAUAGAAGCAAAUGGAAUUGUUACUAUGAAUGCCAAAGAUAAGGCCACUAAUAAAGAGAAGGCUAUUACAAUUAAGUCAUCUGGAGGAUUGUCAGAAGAUGAGAUUCAAAAGAUGGUUAGAGAGGCUGAGUUGCAUGCUCAGAAAGAUCAAGAAAAGAAGAAACUAAUUGAUGCUAGGAACAGUGCAGACAACACAAUAUAUAGUGUAGAGAAGAGUUUGAGUGAUCACAAGGAUAAAAUUCCUUCAGAAAUAGUCUUUGAAAUAGAGUCAGUUGUAGCUGAUCUGAAGAAGGAAAUGUCUAGUGAUAAUGUUGAUGAGAUCACUACAAAAAUAGAUGCGGCAAAUAGGGCAUCUUUUUAAAUUGGCCAGCAUAUCAACCAACAAUCUGGUGGGUCUUCUUCUGGUUCUCAAGGUGGUUCUGAAGGUGGCUCUCAAAGGCUAGAUGCUCUUGAGGUUGA